GGGAGAGCGGAUAUAGUGAAUGCGGGGGUCGGGGAGUGAGAGCGGAUAUAGUGAAUGCGGGGUCCGGGGAGAGCGGAUAUAGUGAAUGCGGGGUCCGGGGAGAGCGGAUAUAGUGAAUGCGGGGUGCCGGGGAGAGCGGGAUAUAGUGAAUGCGGGGUCCGGGGAGAGCGGAUAUUAGUGAAUGCGGGGUCCGGGGAGAGCGGAUAUAGUGAAUGCGGGGUCCGGGGAGAGCGGAUAUAGUGAAUGCGGGGGUCCGGGGAGAGCGGAUAUUAGUGAAUGCGGGGUCCGUGGAGAGCGGAUAUAGUGAAUGCGGGGUCCGGGGAGA